AUGGCGAAACGGUACACCAUAGAUGAGCUGAUUUGGCUGCGCGCAUCACCUCUUGUCGCAAAACCAGUCGGCCUUCCACCCAACGAAGAUUGGAUGCCCCAACCCGAUCCAACUCCACAACGGAAACAACAAUCUUCUCGCGACCCUAACUCUCCUGAACUUACUACUAACAGACGACCAAGCUUUUUUGAAGCUCGUCACAUCUCAAGAGGCUCCAAUUCUGAGGACAUUGUUCUUGGUCCUCCCAAAAUCGCCUUUGCGUCAUCGCGAGUUGGUGGUAAAGGGUCUUUGGAUUCAUCAGAUCGAUCUGUACGACUAAGCGAGUCAGAUGAGAAAACUGAUCGAUUCACCUCCAACUUCCGAGAACGACUCGCCAAGGACAAGGAUACCCCAGAUCGUGACUUCGAUCGUCGUGACGGAAAAGCUGCCCUGAAUACUCGUCGCGGAGAUAAGGAGGACUGGAAUGCUGGUCGACAGCGUCGCACGUUCGGGUCUGAAGAUCAGGAUCGCAAAUCGAAGCGCAACGGGGAAUUCGACCGAUGGGAAGCUAGCCCCCGCGAUGCCAACAAUGAACGCACAACACGUGAUAAGGAUAGUCGUUUCUCCGCCAAGAAGGAUGCUCCUCCUGGACGUGGCAAGUUGGAAGGAAGCUGGUUCCGUGACGAGAAUUCACACUCGAACCUCAACUCCAAUUCGCAUUCCAACGAGUUCGCAGCCGAUGCUGACGACGAUAAACCGCCUGUGCGCAGCCGAGAAUGGCGUCGCAAUCAACAUGAUGCGGAUCGUGACUGGGCCCGUGGACCCAAGGAGAAAGAUCCCGAAUGGAUGGACAGCAACGGCAAGGAUGAUUCAAGCCGAGCACACCCGCAAGCACACACGCAGCACGACUUUGAGCGGUGGAAGCAGCGAAUGAAGGCGAGUUCCGGUGCUCAAACCUCGAACGAGAACGUCGAAGAGCCCGCCGAACACUUUUCGACACAGGAAUCUGAGAUCCCUCCUGGUGUCAAUCACGGCUUCAUGGCCGAUAACACGAUGGACCGCUUCUUCGGAACGCUUGACCCCCGUCAGGCGGGGCAGGAAAUCGAUACUCCGGAUUCUGCUGAGCGUAAGGAUGGAGCUGGAAAACUUGCGAAGUCGUCUUCUCGCUUUGCUGGACUGUUCAGUCCUAUGCCAGAGAGCCCUGCCAAGGGCCCCGAGCCCCAGCCAGUGUUUAUGCCUAUGCAGGUGCCAAUGCCAUCUUCUAACGGCAUUACUAAACACAACGAUGCUGACCAGGAAGGCUUCCAACGUAUUCUUCAGAUGCUGGGUGGAGGUGGAGGUGGCGGCGGCGGUAAUGGUGGUAGUCGAUCCAACAAUGACACCCCCAACCACCCCGAUUCAGCCUAUCGGGAACGGCCACCAGCGCAGCAAGACCCUCGUUUCGUCGCCAGUGUGGGACCCCAUCGUCAAGAGUACAACAACCAAGACACCCGUGAACGUGAACAUUUACUCCGACUGAUGCAGCAAGUCCGACUGGGUUCUGGUCCCUCUCAGCAGUCCCAGAACGGUGGAUUGCCCCUUCCUCCUCCUGGCCUUAUGCCAGAGAUCAUGACUCGCCCUCCCCCUGGGUUGACCGGCGGCCCGAAGAAUUCAGGCUUCCCAGAUGAUCCGGCUAUCGCCAACAUACAAGGACCGGAUAAUGAGUAUCUCCGCCGUCGAGCUCCCAAUGGCCCACCCAUGGGAUACUUUGACGAAUCUACCUUCCAUCAGAUGAACCCGGGUCAGGGCCCCAUCACCCCCGGUGGCUCUCGUCAGCCCCAGGGCCCCCUCCUCCAGCGACCUCCCGGCCUUGAGCAUAUGCCACCACCGGGCUGGACUGGCCAGCCUCACCCACAGCAGGGCAAUGGUCUUAACUCCAUGGGACACCCACCUGGAAUCCCACCUUCCAACCGUGGGGGCAUGACCAUGCCCAAUUUCCCACCGGGAAUGAUGCCCCCCAUGCAGGGCAAUGGUCCCCAGAUGAAUGACCGACAGGGUUGGCGCGGCCCCCCUCCUGGCAUGAUGCCUCCUCACGGCUACAUGGGUGGACACCCUCCGCCCGGGUUCCCUCCUAUGCCCCCUAACCCGGAAGCUAUGAUGGGAUUUGGCCCUGGCGGCCAAGGUCCCUUCGGGCCUGGUAACCCUGGUCAGCAAGGCCCUCAGGGACCUCAAGGGCCUCCAUCCGCCCGUCAGCUGCUCGACAUGUUUGGUCAGCCUAGCGGUGGGAUGAUGGGCCCAGGCCCGGGCCCCGCCCCAGGACCAUUCCGUUAA